CUGAUGGUCCACCGCCUCUUCCUCCUCCUUCUCCAAGCUGGAGUGAGUAGGGCUGGGAAAAAAAACUCCGCAACUUCCCGGUCUCCAGCCCAGAGCCCCGAGUGUCCGCACACUGUGGCGACAGGGACGAGGCGGGAGGCUGGGGUGACGAGUUGCCGGGAGGCGUGGAUCACCGAGCGGGCUGCGGUCCCGCCUCCAGCGCCGCGGCCCGGCGCUCGGGCUUUGGCGCUGGCUCCCCGCAACCAUCACCCUGGGCGCCCGGCGAGCCCAGUGGUUAGCGAUGCUGCUGCUGCGGUCGCUACCUCUUUUGCCUCUGCUGCUUCUGCUGGGGGCACCAGGGAGCUUCGCCGAGGGCGCGGUGACGGCGCUUACCCGCGAGUCCGUCCCGUGGCAGGAUAAAGGAAUAUUCGUUAUCCAGAGUGAAAACCUCAAGAAAUGCAUUCAAGGAGGCAAAUCUGUACUAACCCUGGAGAACUGCAAACCACUCAGCGAGCACAUGCUGUGGAAAUGGGUUUCAAACCACCGCCUCUUUAACUUAGGGGGCAGUGGCUGCCUAGGCCUGAAUUUAUCUAAUCCAGAGCAGCCAUUGAGCUUAUACGAGUGUGAUUCCACUCACGUUUCCUUGAGAUGGCGCUGUAACAGGAACAUGAUCACCGGCCCUCUCCAGUACAUGGUGCAGGUGAACCACAACAACAUGCUUGUGGCCUCAAGGAAAUAUCUUCACAAGUGGAUUUCCUAUAUGUCAGAUGGUGGAAGCAUUUGUGAAUAUCUGCACAAAGAUUUGUACACAAUCAAAGGGAAUGCCCACGGGAUACCAUGCAUGUUUCCCUUCCAGUAUAACCAACAAUGGCAUCAUGAAUGCACCCGGGAAGGGCGGGAAGACGACUUACUGUGGUGUGCUACAACCAGUCGAUAUGAACGAGAUGAGAAGUGGGGAUUUUGCCCAGAUUCCACAUCCUCAGAAGUGGGUUGUGAUGCCGUCUGGGAGAAGGAGCUCAAUUCACACAUUUGCUACCAAUUCAACCUGCUUUCCUCUCUUUCCUGGAGUGAGGCACAUUCUUCAUGCCAGAUGCAAGGAGGAGCUUUACUAAGUAUUGCAGAUGAGAAUGAAGAAAAUUUCAUAAAGAAGCACUUAGGCAGUGAAGCCGUGGAAAUGUGGAUAGGUCUGAAUCAGCUGGAUGAAAAUGCUGGUUGGCAGUGGUCUGAUAGAACACCGCUCAACUACCUGAACUGGAACCCAGAAAUAAAUUUUGAGCCAUUUGUUGAACAUCAAUGUGGAACAUUUAAUUCAUUUAUGCCAAAUGCCUGGAGGAGUCGGGAUUGUGACUCUACCUUGCCUUAUAUAUGUAAAAAAUAUCUAAACCACACUGAUCAAGAAGGGAUUGAAAAAAGUGCCUGGAAAUAUUAUGCAACACACUGUGAGCCUGGCUGGAAUCCCCACAGUCAUAACUGCUAUAAACUUCAGAAAGAAAAAAAGACCUGGAAGGAAGCUUUGCAUUCUUGCCAGUCUGAUAACAGCACAUUGAUAAACAUGGCUUCAUUAGCAGAUGUGGAGUUUUUUGUAACCCUCCUUGGAGAUGAAAAUGCAUCAGAAACAUGGAUUGGUUUGAGCAGCAAUAAAAUUCCAGUUUCCUUUGAAUGGUCUAAUGGCAUCUCAGUCACCUUUACUAAUUGGCACAUACUUGAACCUCAAAUUUUUCUAAAUAGAAGCCAGCAAUGUGUCUCAGCAGAGCAAUCUGAGGGACACUGGAAAGUUAAAAAUUGUGACGAAACACUUUUUUACAUUUGUAAGAAAGCAGGCCAUGCCCCUUCUGACACGGAAUCAGGCUGUCGAGAGGGAUGGGAGAGACAUGGUGGAUUCUGUUACAAAAUUGACACUGUCCUUCGAAGUUUUGAUCAUGCCUCCAAUGGUUAUUACUGUCCUCCUGCCCUUGUAACCAUUACGAACAGGUUUGAACAGGCUUUUAUUACCAGUUUGAUCAGUAGUGUGGUAAAAACGAAGGAGAGUUAUUUUUGGAUCGCUCUUCAAGAUCAAAAUGAUACAGGAGAAUACACUUGGAGAACAGCAGCAGGACAGAAGUCUGAGCCCGUGCAGUACACACACUGGAAUGCACAUCAGCCUCGCUACAGGGGUGGUUGUGUUGUCAUGCGAGGAAAGAGUCCGCCUGGUCGCUGGGAAGUGAAGGACUGUAAACACUUUAAGGCAAUGUCCCUGUGCAAGCAGCCAGUGGGAAAACAGGAGAAAACGGAGCAGGAAGAAAGAUGGCCAUUUCACUCCUGCUACUUGGACUGGGAAUCAGAGCCUGGGUUGGCCAGCUGCUUCAAGGUAUUUCAUAGUGAAAAAGUCCUGAUGAAAAGAACAUGGAGAGAAGCAGAAGCAUUUUGUGAAGAAUUUGGUGCUCACCUUGCAAGCUUUGCCCAUAUUGAGGAAGAGAAUUUUGUGAAUGAGCUUUUACAUUCAAAAUUUAAUAGGACAGAAGAAAGGCAGUUUUGGAUUGGAUUUAAUAAAAGAAACCCACUGAAUGCUGGCUCGUGGGAGUGGGCUGAUGGGACUCCUGUUGUCUCUUCAUUUUUAGACAAUACUUAUUUUGGAGAAGAUGCAAGAAAUUGUGCUGUUUAUAAGGCAAAUAAAACAUUGCUGCCCUUGCACUGCAGUUCCAAACGUGAAUGGAUAUGCAAAAUUCCAAGAGAUGUGAGACCCAAGAUUCCACCCUGGUAUCAGUAUGAUGCACCCUGGCUCUUUUAUCAGGAUGCGGAGUAUCUUUUUCAUACCUAUGCUGCAGAAUGGCCCUCCGUUGAGUUUGUCUGUGGCUGGCUGCGUGGUGAUCUUCUCACAAUUCAUUCUGCACAUGAGCAAGAAUUUAUCCACAGCAAAAUUAAAGCGCUAUCAAAGUUUGGUGUAAAUUGGUGGAUUGGACUUCGAGAAGAAAAAGCCAAUGAUGGAUUUCGCUGGAGAGAUGGAGCGCCAGUAAUAUACCAGAACUGGGACGAAGGAGGAGAAGGAUCUACGAAUAAUCAGAGCCAGAGAUGCGGCUUCAUCUCAUCCAUAACAGGACUAUGGGCUACUGAAGAGUGUUCCGUUUCUAUGCCUAGCAUCUGUAAGCGAAAGAAGGUUUGGAUCAUAGAGAAAGAGGAAAAGACCCCAAAACAACACGGAACAUGUCCCAGAGGAUGGCUAUAUUUUAACUAUAAGUGCCUUUUGGUGAAAAUCCCCAAAGACCCAAGUGACUGGAAGAACUGGACAUCCGCUCAAGAUUUCUGUGUUGAAGCAGGGGGAACACUGGUCACCAUUGAAAAUGAGGUGGAGCAAGCUUUCAUUACUAUGAAUCUUUUUGGCCAGACCACUAAUAUGUGGAUAGGGUUACAAAAUGAUAAUUAUGAAAAAUGGGUAAAUGGAAAGCCUGUGGCAUACUCUAACUGGUCUCCAUUUGAUGUAAUAAAUAUUCCAAGUCAUAACACCACUGAAGUUCAAAAACAUAUUCCUCUCUGUGUCUUGCUAUCAAGUAAUCCUAAUUUUCAUUUCACUGGAAAAUGGUAUUUUGAAGACUGUGGAAAAGAAGGUCAUGGGUUUGUUUGUGAAAAAAUGCAGGAUACCUCUGGACACAGUGUAAAUACAUCUGAUAUGUAUCCAGUCCCCAAUAUCUUGGAAUAUGGGAACAGAACUUAUAAAAUAAUUAAUGCAAAUAUAACUUGGUAUACAGCAAUAAAAACCUGCCUAAUGCAUGGAGCAGAAUUGGCCAGCAUUACAGAUCAGUAUCACCAGUCCUUCCUCACUGUUAUCCUCAACAGGAUAGGACAUGCCCAUUGGAUUGGACUAUUCACUGCAGAUAAUGGUCUUAAUUUUGACUGGUCUGAUGGAUCCAAAUCUUCCUUCACUUUUUGGAAAGAUGAUGAGUCAGCCAUCUUGGGUGACUGUGUUUUUGCUGACACCAAUGGGCGCUGGAGUAGCACAGCCUGUGAGUCAUUUCUUCAAGGAGCAAUUUGUCAUGUACCUACUGAAACAAAACCAUUUGGACACCCAGAGUUGUGCUCAGAAACAUCUAUUCCCUGGAUAAAAUUCAAAAGUAAUUGCUACAGUUUUUCUACAGUCCUAAACAGUAUGAGUUUUGAGGCUGCUCAUGAAUUUUGCAAAAAGGAAGGGUCUAAUCUUUUAACAAUCAAGGAUGAGGAUGAAAAUUCAUUUCUCCUAGAAGAGCUUUUUGCUUUUGGUUCUUCUGUCCAGAUGGUUUGGUUGAAUGCUCAGUUUGAUGGUGAUAAUGAAACCAUAAAGUGGUUUGAUGGAACUCCCACAGAUCAGUCAAACUGGGGCAUUCGGAAACCAGAGAUGGAUCAUGUCAAACCCCAUCUGUGCAUUGCCCUAAGGAUUGCUGAAGGAGUAUGGCAGUUAUCCCCAUGUCAAGAAAAAAAAGGAUUUAUAUGCAAAAUGGAAGCAGAUAUUCAUGCAGUAAAGGAGCAUUCAGGAAAAGGACCAAGUCACAGUAUUGUACCUCUUGCAGUAGCACUCACACUGAUAGUGAUUCUGGCACUUUCCACACUUUCCUUCUGCAUAUACAAGCACAAUAGAGGUGUCUUCAGGAGACUUGCACAGUUUGGGAAUCCUUACUACCCUACAACCAACUUCAGCACAGUACAUUUGGAAGAAAAUAUUCUCAUUUGUGAUCUUGAGAAGACUGACCAAUAACAAUGAAUUCAGAGAAUGCCACAGCCCUAAUGAUAAGUAAAGACAGGAGUCUCCCCCGCAUUUUCCUUUACAGACCAGAGGCCACUAUAAUUUGAACUGUGUCACUAUUUUAAUUAUUCUUAAACAAAUCAGAUGGGUGUUGAUUUAUUCAUUUCCCCAAACUGUGAUCUAUUCUUAAAAUGGGGAAAUUAUACAAUGGUUACUAGUCAGAAAACAGGAACUAUUAAAAGUAACUCCCUAUUGAAGACUCUCAAACCAAUGUGAAUAAUAAGUUUUGUAUUACUAUAUUUCUACUGAAAUUUUAAAAGGAUUUUCAAACUAAUCUUAUCUAUUCUGACAUUUACUCACACUCAUUCGAUUAAAAAAGAGAGGAAAUGAAACAAAUUAUAAAACACUAUGCUUGUAUAUAAGAUGAAAAGUUAAAGUCGUCUGAGAGGUUUCUUGUUUGUUUUUUAAAUCAGUUAUUUUAACAUCAGGGUUUAGAAAACUAAUUUCUAAACUUAAAACUCACAUAUUCUGGGCUCUAACCUAAUAUUUAGGGUGAUAUUUGUUUUUAUUAUUUCUGACUUCUCAAACUAAAGAAGAAAAAUGACCUGUCGUUAAAUAGGAAAGAUCUUGGUUAGCAACACACUUGCAUAAGCAACUAAAUAAUGUGGCCUAAAACCUUCAAUUAAUAAAUGAUGACUGUGUUUGAUAUUUUAAAAUAUAGAUAAGCUUUAAAGAAUUUAUUAAAAUUUCACUAUUAUUAAGACUCAUGGUCUUUAUUAAAACCAAAGGUAUAAAGUAAUCCAUAACUCUCCUAACAACUGAAAGAUAUAAAAUAUAAUUUAAAUCUAAAGGGGAAAAAAUGAAAAUGUGAAAUCCAGUACCACUAGAACCGCACUAGAAAACAUAUUGAGAAGUACUAAAUAAAUGACCCUCCAAUUAUAAUCUAGCUACCUUUGCUAUAUAAACAAAUUUAUGUGAAAGUAUUCUAUUUAGUAAACUAUGGUUCUUAAGAACCAUCUCUGUUUGCGUUGGACUAGUCGGUGCAGUUGAUAAAUAAUGAUCAAUAGCAUGACACUGUCCAUAAAUGAAAUAUAACAGAUUUGACUUUCCUUCACGAAUUUCUCAUCAUGGAAAAGUGACUUCAUAAUCAAAAGUUUAAAGUUUACUCAUUACCUAAAUGUUCAUUUGCAUUCCUAUUAAGAACCAAGUGCCAUUCUAGAAAUUGGAUGUAUGUAUUGGGGUGAGCAAAUUAAUGAGAACUUGUUUUUAUGUCACUUAUUUCCAGAUGAGAGAAAAGUGAACGAAAUCCAGUAAAUUCAUAAGUGGAAAAUACCAGGUGGUUAUGAAAAUUAAGUAAGGUCUUGUGAUAGAGAGAAACUGGGAAAAUCUCAAGGCCUCCCCAGAGUGUGCAUUUUUAAUUAUUAUACCCAGCUGCCUUGAAACUAGUGGUCACUAGUCACAAGGUGGAGCUCUGGGAGAAAGUAUGAGUGAAUCUCUAAGUGAAAAGCCAUCACCAUUAGAAACAGAAUUUGAUGAGCAUACCCUAAGAAGGGAGUCUUCGUGGCCUGAAACAGUUAAUACAGCUUCCAAAAGCUUCCAAAAAGCUUCCAAUGCAGCUCUUUGCUCCUGGUGUGUAGCUCACAAACUAGGACAAUUUAUUUCCAUAGUUUUUUUUUAAGUUUUGAGACUUCAUGUUUUAAAAGAUAUUAUAUUAUGUAGCAGUUAUAUAUUUAUAAUUCAUGAGAAUAAUUGGCUUGAACUAACCAGGUGGCAUAAAAGCCCAAUUUAACAAUCUGUCAAGUGAAAUUAAAGUUCUAUUCUUUUCAGUGGUCUUGGUAAAAACUGCUAAUCAAUUAUCCUCCUAGUCAACGUAUAUUGAAGUGGAAGAGUCACACAUAACAGUUUGACAAAGUAUGUCUUUAAUGAAGUGGUUUUGCAGAAGGAAACUGCUCUGUUUGUCAAUGCUCUGUACUUUGCUAUUUAGUAUUGAGCUACAUCUCUGGGGAAUCUGUCCCCAUGGACAGGAUCAUGCACUCCUUCCCAUUACUGAAAUUUCAGAAAUAGAAAGUACUGAAAUAUUAUGUUUUAUUUAUAGAUGUGCACUUUAAAAAACUUUUUGCACAUCUAUUUUUAAUCUGAACUAGAUUUCAUAACUAUAGCAUAAAAAGCAAAAAAGCAUCAGGGUCACAAACUCAUCCACACAUAAUUAAUGUGCCCAUCUCAAAAAAAAAAAAAUCAGUUAUUAUCCAUGACUCUGGGUAAUGGGAAAUCUUGGAUUUUUCAAUUAAAGAUAUCUUGCACUUUUCCAAUUCUAACAGUCUUCUUUCAGUUUAAAUGCUUCUUCAGUUGAAAGUUCCACUUCCUCUCAAGGAUGGAAUAGGUGGUCUCUUUAGAUAAACAGAUUUUUGGAGUUUCCUAUUCCUCCUCAAAAUGGUGUUGGAUAUAUGAGAACUUGUGUUGUAAUACUGGGGAAGAGAAGGUGAUAAGCCACCAUAAAUGUGUGUUAUCUGUGUCCACUGAGGAUAGCUCUCUGGCCCCACUCCUAGGAACUUUACUGGCAUCAGAUAUGAAGCCUGUAGUUGGGGCAACCUGUAGUCUAUUCUCUUUGAUUUGACUCCUUUCUGGCUCUCCCUGUCACUGCCCUACCCCCAAUAUACUGGCUGUGACUCCCAUUCAAUUAUCUACCUGGACACUCAGUUAUACAAGGCCACUUCACCUCUGCAGUAGUGAGACCUAUCUAGCAUCAUCAGCUACUCUAUUAGGGAAGGCCAAGUGCUGUAGCAAACAAUCCCAAAAUCUCAGUGGCUGAACACAGCAAAGGUUUAUAUCUCGACAGUGGGUUUGCAGUAGGACUUUGCAUUCAUGGGUCCAAGCAUCUCCUAUAUAGGAGGGCCUCCAACUUAGAAGGCCUUGGGGUCCUCCAAUGGACCUCCUACUUCUACCUGACAGAAGCUAAUUUGGGACCUAUCUUUGAUUAAGUAUGUAGCUUUCAGGGACUAUUGAAAUACAUUGUUUAAGUUAACAGUCUCCAUACUAAGGACACAUACCCUGAAGGUACAUAAAGAUUUCCAAGGGCAUGGAUAUUUUUUAAGGAGCUCAGUUUCCAGACUCUUUAACCUUCAUAUAUAUUCUUCCUUAGAACUAACUUGCAUGGGAACACAUGUGAGAUCAUAGUGUCAUGCUGGUUCUUCUUUUCCACCUCUCUUGUACAAAUGUCUAUCUCUACCUUAAAACAAAAAUAAAAACAAAAACAAAAACCCAUGGCUUUCACUCCAAAUCUUGGUAUGAUCUUGGGGAAAUUCUCCAUGGCAUCAAACAAAUGGAAAAAAAUUCAAAGUCAUGAUGUCAAUGAAGCUUCUUUUAGUAAAAGAAUUCUAAAACCA